AAAAUUUUAAAAAAUAAUUUAAAAAAAAUGUGUGCAUAAUUUUGUGAAUUUAAAAAAUUAACAUAAAAAAAGGAAAAGUGCAAAAAGGAAGUGCUGAAAUAAAAAUAAAAAAAAUUUUCGUUAAAAAUCACAGAAUAGUAAAAUAAAUUGUGGAAUGUUGUAAUGAGAUACGACGUUCAAGAGUUACUGCAAACAGACUCGGAAAUCGGUCGGACAAAUGGGAUGGCAUAUCAUCCUUUUCUGCAAUUACCAAGACAGACUGAUUUCUCAGUCAGCUCUCUGCUGACCGCAGGAAUUACGCCAAGUUCUCAGUCGUCUCAAUCAAGUGGACAAUUAUCUCCACAAACACCUUCAAAUAAUUCGUCACACCAUCACCAAACGGUUGUGCCACAACAGCCAGCACAUCCAACACCAACUGUACCAAUUCAUCCGUCACAGCCUUAUUUUCCUGCUGCUGCAUUAGCUGCACUCGCGAGUAACGCACCGGUUGGAUCACAUUCGCAUUUAUAUCCAGGUGCUCUUCUACCGAAAUUACCUCCACAUCAUCCUCACGCUACGUUGGGGACACCAUAUCAUAAUCAUCCAUAUACUGCUGAGGACGUCGUAUUAGCAGCUGCAGUCGUUGCACAACAACAUCAUCCAACAAUGCGCCCAUUUCGCAACUAUCCUGAGGAUGAUGGUGUUGAAGAUGAUCCAAAAGUUACACUUGAAGGCAAAGAGUUGUGGGAAAAAUUUCACAAAUUGGGAACUGAAAUGGUUAUCACUAAAAGUGGACGUCAAAUGUUUCCACAAAUGAAGUUUCGUGUAUCAGGUUUAGACAAUAAGUCGAAAUAUAUUUUACUAUUAGACAUUGUAGCUGCGGACGAUUAUCGGUACAAAUUUCACAACAGUCGAUGGAUGGUGGCAGGUAAAGCAGACCCUGAGAUGCCCAAGCGAAUGUAUAUUCAUCCCGAUUCACCAUCAACCGGCGAGCAGUGGAUGCAAAAAGUUGUCUCAUUUCAUAAACUAAAAUUAACAAACAAUAUAAGUGAUAAACAUGGAUUUGGAUCACAAGCAGCACAUUGUUCUACAAUUCUGAACUCAAUGCACAAAUAUCAACCUAGAUUUCAUCUAGUCCGAACCACCGACAUCCUCAAAUUGCCGUAUUCAACUUUUCGAACUUAUGUCUUUAAGGAAACUGAAUUCAUAGCUGUGACUGCAUAUCAAAAUGAGAAGAUAACACAAUUAAAAAUUGAUAAUAAUCCCUUUGCAAAGGGAUUUCGUGAUACUGGUGCUGGAAAGAGGGAGAAAAACGGUCAGCAACUCACCAAUUCUUCAAUUAGCCGACAAUCUCUAAUGUCAUCACAACGCUCUGAUGGUGAUAAAUUGAAUCCGAGUCAAACAUAUAGUUCAUCGCGCGGACCAUUGGGACUUCACGAUGCUCGACAUCAUAAUCAUCUUCACUUAAGUCAACACCAUAUUGAUGAUGAUGAUAAGCUUCUUGAUGUCGUUGGUCCACCGCAGAGUCCAUUAUUAUCGUCACUCCAACAAAUGCAAUCGCAAGCUCAUGGUUGGUUUAAUCAUUUUGCUACUGAAGCACAUAUGGAAGAUGUACGUCGAAGGCUACAGGGUGCCGAUGACAACGAGAAAGAUGGAAGUGAUUCAAAUUGUUCGGAUAAUGUGAGUAGUGGUGGAGCAUUUCGACCAACGGGUGCGGGUAGUCCAAAAGAGAAUUCAAAGAAUAACUCGAGUUCAUCAUAUCCAUCGCCAAAUAUAUCUGUUGGACCGCCAAUACAACCACCGCCACAUCUAUUGCCUUACUUAUAUCCGCAUGGAAUUUAUAAUCCAGUAGCACCCCCAUUGUCACUGCUACAUAAUCCCGCAAUGAAUCCCGGACUCUUUUUGAAUGCUCAAUUGGCAUUAGCUGCACAGCAUCCAGCAUUAUUUGGACAUUAUUCGGGUCAUUCACCAUCAUCGCCACUACAUAACCUCAAAUCGCAUCGCUUCUCGCCAUAUAGCCUACCUGGUUUACAUCAAGGCUCUGCCUUCGAUGCUGUCACGCCGGGUCAAUCAAAUUCAAACUCAAUCGGACCACCCGAGAGGAGUUUAAGUAGUAGUCCACCAGCAUUAUCAUCACAUAACCUCAAUGUAAGUUCACCAUCGUCAAAUAAUCGUUCGCAUUCAAUAUCACCCACACAACGUCCGCUGUCACAACAAUCAUCGUCAGCAUUCACGCCGCAGGUUCCUUCAUCCAAUAACAACAAUACGAUAAAUAAUAAUAACAAUAAUAAUGAGAAGAAUGGAAAUAAAAAUGGAAAUGGCAUAAGUAGUAGCAGCAACAACAACAAUAGUACAAUUGAGAAAAACUCAACGACAGCAUCGGAAUUGAAGAAUAUGGAAAAGAUGGUGAAUGGCUUAGAAAUGCAUCAAAAUGGCACAAUACCGACAUCAUUAGCAUCAUCUGGCUCAUUACGAUCGAUAUCGCCUGAUGAUCAAAAGAAAAUCAUUAAUCUCGAUCAGUGACAUCAGUAUACUAAAUUUGACGAUGCUAAUAUUAUUGAUUUAGAUAUCUGACGGAUGGAUUUGAAAAAUCGAUAAAACUAAAAAAACAAAAACCUUUUUCUUAUACCUAACCUAUGAGAAUCAGAAUUAUGUGCAAAUAUGAAUAAAGAAAUUUUAUUGUAAUUAAUUAAUUUCUAUAUAUUAUAUAUACAUAGCAUAAAACAGAACCUAUUAAAUGAUUUUUAAAUUUUAAGGUGAACAUAAAAUGAAAAUUUGUACAAAAAAAAUUGAUGAUUUUUAAGACAAACUGUACAGUUUCUGUUUCUACACACACACACACACACAUACUAUCAAAAUUAUCAUCAUAAUUUGAGGAAUCACACUGAGAUAAUGAAGAGAUUUUUAAUUUUUCACAUUCAGGCUCUGCAUUUUAGUUUGGAAUGGGAUGCGAUGGACUUUAUGAAUAAUCUAUGGAUGGAUAUGCAAAAUAUCACCUGAUUAUUAUUUUAAAUGAGUUUUUUUGUUGCUCGAAAUUAUGCAAAAUGUUGGCGAGAGAAAUUCUUGGAAAUUAGGAGGUAUCCACCUAGUGUUAUAUUUAACACUGGAGGUAUUAUGGGAUGAAUUUUAAUGCAAUUAGCUUCGAUGGUAAAUUAUAGGCUAUUGAAUAUGAUAAUUAGGGGCUGGGUUGGAUGAGAAAUUGAUUUGGAUUUAAUGGUUUUGGAAUAAAUUUCAUUUUUUCAAUUCAAA